AUGCCUGCUCUGAUCGGUAAAAGAGUCGGUCCUACGGGCUACGGAACCAUGCGUAUGACAUGGAAUCCUUCGCCACCAUCAAAAGAAGUCUGUUUCGAGACUUUGAACACUGCCCUCGAAUCGGGCGCCAACUUUUGGAACGGCGGAGAGUUGUACGGAACACCGGAUUACAACUCUUGCCAUUUGCUGAAGGAUUAUUUUACCAAGUACCCGCAAAAUGCAGGCAAGGUUGUGCUCAGCAUCAAGGGUGGUCUAGCCCGAAACGAAUUCCGGCCAGACGGCUCGGAAGAGAACAUUCGCGCCAGUGUCGAUGAGUGUUUGCGAGUGCUGGAUGGUACCAAGUCAAUCGAUAUUUUCGAAUGCGCUCGGCAAGACCCAACAACGACUAUCGAAAAAACGGUCACGAUUCUCGCCAAGCUAGUCAAAGAAGGAAAGAUCGGGGGGAUUGGUUUGAGCGAGGUAGAUGCUGAGACUAUCAGACGAGCUCACAAGGUCCAUCCAAUUGCUGCGGUAGAAGUGGAAUUGUCCUUAUGGUCUCUUGAUAUCCUCGAAAACGAUGUUGCCAAGACAUGCGCCGAGCUGGAUAUUCCAGUCAUCGCCUAUUCGCCUCUCGGCAGAGGUGCUUUAACAGGAGAAAUCGCCAACUUCGCAGACAUCCCAGAGGGUGACUUCCGCCGCCUCGUACCCAAAUUCCAGGGCGAAAACUUUGAGCACAACUUGAAAUUAAUCAAAGAGAUAGCAGCUUUGGCCAAGCGGAAAGGCUCUGCCCCCGCUCAAGUUGCGCUGGCCUGGGUACGAAGUCUGAGUAAUAAGCCUGGUCUUCCUACGAUAAUUCCUAUUCCCGGUGGCACAACCAAGGAUAAGGUUAUUCAGAAUACUCAAGGAGUGCAAACCCUGUCAGAUGAAGAGAUGGCAGAGAUUGAGUCGAUUUUGAAGGCGAAUGGAAUCAAAGGAACUCGUUACUAG